AUGAUGAACUCUCUUCGGCUGCAUUCCGCAUUGGCUCGCCGCUCCCCUCUGGCUGCCCCUCCUACCUCCACCUUCCGCGCGCUCUCUUUUACUUCUUCUUCUCCCCUUCGCUCUGCAUCCUCUGCUUCCUCUUCUUCCUCUUCUUCCUACUCUACCGCUUCUCGCUCUCAGAGAACUCUUGCGUCCGCUUCGACCGCUCUUCCUCGUUCCGUUGGCUCUGCAUCCCAUUGGUCCUGGACCCAAUCCCGCAACAUGGCGACCGAAGCUCCCAAGAUCAAGGUUAAGAACCCCGUGGUGGAAUUGGACGGAGAUGAGUUGAUCCUGCCUUACCUCGAUAUCGACCUUAAGUACUAUGACCUGGGUCUCGAAUACCGUGACCAGACCGAUGACAAGGUCACCGUCGAGGCUGCCGAGGCCAUCAAGAAGUAUGGUGUCGGUGUCAAGUGCGCCACUAUUACCCCGGAUGAGGCCCGUGUUGAGGAGUUCAAGCUGAAGAAGAUGUGGCUGUCUCCCAACGGUACUAUCCGAAACAUCCUCGGCGGAACUGUUUUCCGUGAGCCCAUUAUCAUCCCCCGUAUCCCCCGUCUGGUGCCUGGCUGGACCAAGCCCAUCAUCAUUGGCCGUCACGCUUUCGGAGACCAGUACCGUGCCCAGGACCGUGUGAUCCCCGGCCCCGGCAAGCUGGAGAUGGUCUACACCCCGGCUGGUGGCCAGCCGGAGACCGUCCAGGUCUAUGACUUCAAGAGUGGUGGCGGUGUUGCCCAGACCCAGUACAACACGGACGAGUCGAUCGCCGGUUUCGCCCACGCCAGCUUCCAGUUGGCCCUGUUGAAGGAGCUGCCUCUGUACAUGAGCACCAAGAACACCAUCCUGAAGAAGUACGAUGGCCGCUUCAAGGAUAUCUUCCAGGAGAUCUUCGAGACCACCUACAAAAAGGACUUCGAUGCCAAAAACAUCUGGUAUGAGCACCGUCUGAUUGACGACAUGGUGGCCCAGAUGGUCAAGAGCGAGGGUGGAUUUAUCAUGGCCCUGAAGAACUACGACGGUGACGUUCAGUCCGACAUCGUCGCCCAGGGCUUCGGCUCGCUGGGUCUGAUGACCUCGACUCUGGUUACCCCUACCGGCGAGGCGUUCGAGUCCGAAGCUGCUCACGGUACCGUGACUCGUCACUACCGCGAGCACCAGAAGGGUCGCGAGACCUCCACCAACCCCAUCGCCUCCAUCUUCGCCUGGACUCGGGGUCUGGUGCAGCGUGGUCAGCUCGACGAGACCCCCGAUCUGGUCACUUUCGCCGAAGAGCUUGAACGUGCUUGCGUCGAGGUAGUCAACGAGGAGGGUAUCAUGACCAAGGAUCUGGCUCUGGCCUGCGGGCGCAAGGACCGUGAGGCCUGGGUUACUACCCGGGAGUACAUGGCCGCCGUCGAGCGCCGACUGAAGUCCAACCUCAAGCCCCGCCUUUAA